CAGACCAUAACGCAUUAAGAAAUUCGUGGAAAUCAUAAAAGAUUGAACAAGAAUGUAGCGAAAAUAAAGAAACCCUUUACUAAAUGCUCUUCGGACGGAAAACGAGGAUUAAGAAGAGUAUAAAAAGGCCGAUUGUCAGGAUAUUCUUCAUCAAACGAGUUUCACACUUCAGUCUAGACAGACGAGUGCGGAAAAAUUGUGAAAGCGAAAAAAUAUAUAAAUUUAGAGUUUUAAAAAAUUCAAAAUAAAGUACAAACAGUUUUAAAUUUUCAGUGAAUUAAUUCAAAAAAAGUGGAAAACAAUGUCUGACAGUUUGGAUCUAUUGGACUACGAUGAAGAGGAGAUGGCAGAGAUGCCGGUUGCCAAAAAACCAAAGAAGGACGUUAAAGGCUCAUAUGUCUCCAUACACAGCUCCGGUUUUCGUGACUUUCUACUCAAACCGGAGAUAUUGCGUGCUAUCGCGGACUGCGGCUUCGAACAUCCAUCGGAGGUGCAACACGAAUGCAUACCACAAGCGGUGCUCGGCAUGGAUAUUGUCUGUCAAGCUAAAUCUGGCAUGGGUAAAACUGCGGUCUUUGUGCUCUCUACACUACAACAGUUGGAGCCCAAGGAGAGUGUGCCCUAUGUGUUGGUGAUGUGUCAUUCGCGUGAGUUAGCUUUCCAGAUCAGCAAAGAGUACGAACGUUUCGCCAAGUAUUUGCCUGAGUUAAGAAUUGCUGUGUAUUUUGGUGGUUUAGCCAUAGAAGCGGAUGAGAAAUCAUUGAAAGACAAAUUGCCACACAUCAUUGUCGGCACACCCGGACGCAUCUUGGGUUUGGUACGCAGCAAAAUGCUUAACUUAAAGAACAUCAAGCAUUUUGUACUCGAUGAAUGCGAUCAAAUGUUGGAGCAAAUCUCCAUGCGUCGUGAUGUACAGGAGAUCAACCGUGCCACGCCGCACGCCAAACAAGUAAUGAUGUUUUCCGCUACCCUAAGCAAGGAUAUGCGCGCUCUGUGCAAGAAAUUCAUGCAAGACCCAAUGGAGAUAUAUGUGGAUGAUGAGUCAAAGCUGACAUUACACGGCCUGCAACAGCACUAUGUUGAUUUGAAAGGUAAUGCGAAGAAUAGAAAACUAACUGAACUCUUGGAUGUGCUGGAAUUCAAUCAAGUCGUCAUAUUCGUAAAGUCCAUACAACGUUGCGUGGCUUUAGCCAAGCUACUAACCGAACAAAACUUUCCCGCUGUGGAUAUACAUCGUGGCAUGAUGCAAGAGGAACGUCUCCAGCGCUAUCAGGAAUUUAAGGAUUUCCAAAAGCGCAUUUUGGUGGCCACUAAUCUCUUUGGUCGCGGCUUGGAUAUCGAACGUGUGAAUAUCGUCUUCAACUACGACAUGCCUGACAGUACCGAUACUUAUUUGCAUCGUGUGGCGCGCGCCGGCCGUUUUGGCACUAAAGGCUUGGCUAUAAGCUUUGUUUCGGCCGAGGGGGAUAAACAUGUGUUGACUGAAGUCCAAUCCAGAUUCGAUGUGAAUAUUACCGAGUUGCCAGCGCAAAUUGAUUUAUCAACAUAUAUUGAAGGACGCUAAGGUGUCUUUAGUUUUAAAGAUUUCUCUGAAUAUUGAAAGCAAAAGAACAAAAAUUUGAAACAUUCCAAAAAAAAAAAAAAAAAAA